AUGGAACCAGAUGUAUUUAUUAAUUUGUGCGAGGCACUUAAGGUAUAUGGUAAACUGGAACACUCACGUUAUCUAACUGUCCAAGAGCAAGUUUGUAUAUUUUUGCUAACAAUUGGUCUCAACGAACGAAAUCGUGUUGUCCAAGAGCGAUUCCAACAUUCUGGCCAGACCAUCUCCAAAUACUUCAACCGAGUCUUGAAGGCAGUGUGUAGGCUUGGUAAACAAGUUAUAAGGCCUCCAGAUUUUGAUGAGGUUCUUGUAGAAAUUCGACAUAAUCCACACUUCUACCCUUUUUUUAAGGAUUGUGUUGGAGCAAUUGAUGGUACCCACAUAUUUGCAAGGGUGCCAGCAUCAGAGCAAAUACCAUAUCGGGAUAAAUACUAUGUUGUUGACUCGGGUUAUACAAAUAUGCCUGGCUUUUUAUCGCCAUACCGUGGUGAGAGGUACCAUCUAAACGAGUUUCGUAUUCAACAUCGACAACCAAAAAACAAGAAGCAAAUGUUCAAUUACCGACAUUCCUCACUGCGCAAUGUGAUUAAGAGAUGCUUCGGUGUCUUGAAGGCUCGUUUUCCAAUUUUGAGAGACAUGCCUCCGUAUUCAACUAAGACACAGAGGUAUAUCCCCAUUGCAUGUUGUACAAUACACCACUGGAUAAGGAUACAUUCUCAAAGUGACACAUUGUUCGCUGAAUGGGCCAAUCUAGAUCGUAUCAUUGAAGAUGAUGUGCCUAGUAGAGGUGGUAGUAGCAGCUCGACACAUGCAGGAAGUAGUUCUCAGCAACCAAUUGACUUAGACAUUAGUCAACCUCAACUACGUCACAUGUCUGAUGUAAGGAAUCAAAUUGCUGGUCAAAUUUGGGAAUUUGUCGGAAACAAUUGA